AGUAGCCUACUGGCUGUCGGGGCUGGUGUGUGUGUGUGUAUGCAGAGAGCCCUGGUGCUUUGAGCUUCUAACGCUGCGUUAUCAUCAUGUUGACACUGCCUAUGAGAUAUUUAGUCAGGCCUCUGUGCCAGCGUGUGAGCGUGAAUCUGAGAGGGCAACACUCUGCAGCACAGCGGGCGUCUGAUCAUGAUCGACCCUGGACCGGGCAGGACAGCUUGGCACAGGAUGAUCCUGAAAUGUGGGAGCUGCUGAAGAAAGAGAAGGACCGACAGUGUCGUGGGCUGGAGCUCAUCGCUUCUGAGAACUUCUGCAGCCGAGCAGCACUCGAGGCCCAGGGCUCCUGCCUCAAUAACAAGUAUUCGGAAGGCUACCCAGGAAAGAGGUACUAUGGUGGCGCCGAGGUAGUGGAUCAGAUCGAGCUGCUGUGUCAGAAGCGGGCUCUAGCUGCUUUUGAAUUGGACCCGGCACUCUGGGGAGUAAACGUUCAGCCGUACUCGGGCUCUCCAGCUAACUUCGCCGCCUACACGGCUGUACUGAAUCCUCAUGAGCGCAUCAUGGGGCUAGACCUACCUGAUGGAGGACACCUUACACAUGGCUACAUGUCAGAUGUGAAGCGAAUCUCUGCUACAUCCAUCUACUUUGAGUCCAUGCCCUACAAGCUCAAUCCCAAAACGGGUUUGAUAGACUAUGACCAGAUGGAGCUGACUGCGAAGCUGUUCCGGCCCAGGCUUAUCAUCGCUGGCACCAGUGCUUAUGCCCGCCUCAUCGACUAUGCUCGCAUCAAGAAGCUGUGUACAGAGUUAAAUGCGUAUCUGCUGGCAGACAUGGCCCAUAUUAGUGGCCUUGUGGCUGCUAAAGCUGUUCCCUCUCCAUUUGAUCACGCUGACCUCGUCACCACAACCACACACAAAUCCCUGAGGGGAGCCAGAGCCGGGUUGAUAUUCUAUCGGAAGGGAGUGCGCUCCGUGGAUAAGAAAGGUGCUUCAGUGAUGUAUGACCUUGAGGACAAGGUCAACUUCUCAGUCUUCCCCUCUCUCCAGGGAGGUCCCCAUAAUCACGCAAUCGCUGGGGUUGCUGUGGCUCUGCGACAGGCUAACACCCCAAUGUUUCGAGAGUAUAUUGCUCAGGUGAUGAAGAAUGCCAAAGCCAUGGCUGAUGCACUGCUAAAGAAAGGAUACACUCUUGUGUCAGGUGGGACUGAUAAUCACCUGGUGCUGGUUGAUUUAAGACCACAGGGAAUGGAUGGAGCACGUGCUGAAAGGGUUUUGGAGCUGGCCUCCAUUACAGCCAAUAAAAACACCUGCCCCGGCGACAAGAGCGCACUCACACCCGGAGGCCUGCGACUGGGUGCCCCAGCUCUGACCUCUCGGCAGUUCAAAGAGGCAGACUUUGAGCGCGUUGUGGAUUUCUUGGAUGAAGGCUUUAAAAUCGCUCUAGAUGUCAAGAAAAAGACCAAGAAAUUAGCGGAGUUUAAGAGCUUCCUGCUGGAGGAUCCUGAGACUGUUGCACGGAUCGGUGACCUGCGCAGUCGGGUGGAAGCAUUCGCUCGGCCUUUCCCCAUGCCGGGCUUCUCCGACCACUAACCGAAAGGCGAAAGGGGAGCCUGCGAAACGGGUGAAGCUCCACAUCCAUCAUGGAGCCUUUCAGCUACUAUUGCAGAGUAAAUAGUGAUCAGUUUUUUGGGGAUAAUUUUUUUUUCCUGUUUUAUACAAGCCUUUGAUUAUCGGCCAACUUGUUGGUAGAACAAAAAAUUUGAAAAAAAAAUUUGCUAAAUGCUGCUUUAGUACCUUCAUCACUGCACAGAAUUCUCCUGAAUCUUACCUUUUUUUUCCCUAAACUCAAAAGUCUUAAUGCAACCAGUAUUACAAACAUCUCCAAAUAGCUUUCUAUGCACUGUAGUUUUGUUAUCAUGUAUUACGAGAACAGAUGUGCAUGAUUUAUUUGGGAUGCUCAUGUAUUUUGUCUUUCACUUUAAAAUGAUGAAUCAAGGGCCUGACAAUACUGGUAUUUAAAUGUAAACUCCAGUUGAACAGGCAGUAAAGAUCAGACUUUCUAAAGCUGUUCAAUGGCAGUCUGGCCUGGGAAACAAAAACACACAACUAUAGCUGUUUACCUCCGUCAUUGUUUAAAUCCUGGAUGAAACGCUAGCUAGCAUCAGUAAUGCGUAGAUUUGAUGAAGUACAUUUGUUUUCAUAUACCUUUAAGACCUUGCACAAUUCCUGAUGGAUCAUUGUGUUCCACAGACACUCAGUGUUUACAAAUCAUACUUAAUCGUCAACAGCCAAGCGAAUAUCAACCACAAAUAUGCGGAUGCAUCAGCAUGGACCAUGUUCUGUCUAAAGCUAACUAAAUGCUGCUGUGAAAAUAAAACGGAACAAAAAAAAUUCUACUUAAUAAUUAAUACUUAAUAAUUAAACUCUGAAACUAUAGGAUCUUAACAUUUACAGAAUGUCUGGAGUGGAAGUUUAUAGGGAGUGGGCUGAAGUUGUGCCAAGUUCUUUUGACAGUGCAGUUUUUCCAAAUAUGCACUUAUUAUUAUUAUUAUUAUUAAUAUUAUUAUUAUUAUCUUUCCUUGUGAGAUAAAAUGCACAUAAUGUGACCAAGUUGUGUAAUUUAUGACCAGCUGUACACUGUCCUGUACUUGUUCUUGCCCUUGCCCUGUUUAUACAACAAUUCUCCAGCAACCCUGUUCAUCAAACCUUUUUAUCUGUAAAGUUUUUCAAGUAAACAUUUACAAAAGUAAUUUUCUAAAAAACUAAUCCCAGUAAAAUUGUGCAUUACCAAA